AUGGCGGAUAACUUACUUGCUACCGCAGGACGCGACCCUCCUGACGCCUUUGUCAGGUUCCAGACUUCAUCCUCACAUCACAGCGAUAGUGACAACGAGUCGCAUUUCUCGAUGACAGACAAACUUCCCCCGCCAUUGCUGGCCCUCUUCCAGCCGCGGCCGCCCCUCCGAUUCAUCCCUCCGUCCGAUCGCGCGCCCGAGGACUGCCAGAAAAGCACCAUUUCCGGCGUGGCUCAGUACCUCGCCGAGGCCAAGAAGUUCCAAGAAGAGGUGCCUUACAAUGCUACAGAUUGCUGGAUCCAGCGCAAGUGGCGCCAGAAGCUUGAGAAAAAGGAGCAGCUCGCCAAUCAGCUGACGGAGGGCCUGCAAACCUUCAACCCCGAAAAUGACCCUCAAGCUCGAGGUGACCCAUACAGGACUCUUUUCCUUGCGCGACUCAGUUUCGACGUCAAGGAAGCUGACUUGGAGCGAGAAUUCGGCCGCUUCGGUCCCAUUGAACGAAUUCGCAUAGUGAAGGACACAGUGUCGCCAAAGGCUGCCAAAAGACCCGCCAGGGGAUAUGCAUUCAUCGUUUACGAGCGUGAAAAGGACAUGAAAGCCGCCUACAAGGAAACAGAUGGAAUCCGCAUCAAGGAUCGACGAGUCCUAGUUGAUGUGGAACGUGGACGCACAAUCAAGGGCUGGAAGCCUCGCCGCUUCGGUGGUGGCCUCGGUGGACGUGGAUACACGAAAGCUAUGCCCGCGCGGCCCAUGGGAUUCAAUGCGCCAUCAGGUCCCGGUGGUUUUGGCGGUGGAUUCCGAGGUGGCUUUGGUGGAAGAGGCUUCCGUGGAGGGGGUUUCCGCGGUGACCGCGGUGGUGACCGUGGUGAUCGCUUUGGACCUCGCGGAGGAAUCGGUUACCAAGGAGGUCGCAAUGGCUUCGGUGGUGGACAGCCGCCUCCAAAUGCUCCCUCUGGCCCAGGUGGUGGUGGACGCGGUGGGUUCGGAGGCGGCUACGGCGGUGGUGGUAGAGGAGGAGGAGACAGAUUCGACCGUGGCGGUACUGGCAGCAACCGAGAGCCCGUCAGGCCCCGAGAUAGCUACGCUGACCGUGACCGUCGUGGUGAUCGCGAUGGUGACCGCUACAGAGACCGCGACCGCAUGUCAGACCGCAAUGGAGACCGCGGCGGAGACCGUGGCGGAGAUCGUGGCGGAGACCGCUACAGGGACCGUGACCGUGAGCGUGACAGGUAUGGCGGCCGAGAGGAUUAUGGACGGAAGCGACACCGUGAGGACGAUGAACGCGACGACCCGCGAUCUCGGAGACGAUACGAUUAA